GCGCCGCCAGAGUGGUCGUGAGCGCGCUGUCCCAGAGCCGUCCGUCCGCCGCCGCCGCCCGGCCGCAGCCCCGAGCCCGUGAGUCGCCCUGCGGCCAGCCCAGCCCACUCGCGUCCGCUCCCAGAGUCCGCACCCUCCGCGCAUUCCUGCUCGUCCCCGGCCAUGCUGUCCUUCCAGUACCCCGACGUGUACCGCGACGAGACUGCUGUACAGGAUUAUCAUGGGCAUAAAAUUUGUGACCCUUAUGUUUGGCUUGAAGACCCGGACAGCGAGCAAACCAAGGCCUUCGUGGAGGCCCAGAACAAGAUUACUGUGCCGUUUCUUGAGCAGUGUCCCAUCAGAGGUUUAUACAAAGAGAGAAUGACUGAACUCUAUGACUAUCCCAAGUAUAGCUGCCACUUCAAGAAAGGAAAGCGGUAUUUUUAUUUUUAUAAUACAGGUUUGCAGAAUCAACGAGUAUUAUAUGUGCAAGAUUCUUUAGAGGGUGAGGCCAGAGUGUUUCUCGACCCCAACAUACUGUCCGACGAUGGCACAGUGGCUCUCCGAGGUUAUGCCUUCAGUGAAGAUGGUGAAUAUUUUGCCUAUGGUUUGAGUGCCAGUGGCUCAGACUGGGUGACGAUCAAGUUCAUGAAAGUCGAUGGUGCCAAAGAACUUCCUGAUGUGCUUGAAAGGGUCAAGUUCAGCUGUAUGGCCUGGACCCAUGAUGGGAAGGGAAUGUUCUACAACUCAUACCCUCAACAGGAUGGAAAGAGUGAUGGCACAGAGACAUCCACUAAUCUCCAUCAGAAGCUCUGCUAUCAUGUCCUGGGAACCGAUCAGUCAGAAGACAUCUUGUGUGCUGAGUUUCCUGAGGAGCCUAAGUGGAUGGGAGGAGCUGAGUUAUCUGAUGACGGGCGCUAUGUCUUGUUAUCAAUAAGGGAGGGAUGUGAUCCAGUGAACCGACUCUGGUACUGUGACCUGCAGCAGGAAUCCAAUGGCAUCACUGGAAUCCUGAAGUGGGUUAAACUGAUCGACAACUUUGAAGGAGAAUAUGACUACGUCACCAAUGAGGGGACAGUGUUCACGUUCAAGACGAAUCGCCAUUCUCCCAACUAUCGCCUGAUCAACAUCGAUUUCACGGAUCCUGACGAGUCUAAGUGGAAAGUGCUUGUUCCCGAGCAUGAGAAAGAUGUCUUAGAAUGGGUAGCUUGUGUCAGGUCCAACUUUCUGGUCCUGUGCUACCUCCAUGAUGUGAAGAACAUUCUGCAGCUGCAGGACCUGACCACCGGUGCUCUCCUCAAGACCUUCCCGCUCGAGGUCGGCAGUAUCGUGGGGUACAGUGGGCAGAAGAAGGACACUGAGAUCUUCUACCAGUUCACUUCCUUCUUAUCUCCAGGUAUCAUUUAUCACUGUGAUCUUACCAAAGAGGAACUGGAGCCCAGAGUUUUCCGAGAGGUGACUGUGAAAGGAAUCGACGCGUCUGAUUACCAGACAAUCCAGAUUUUCUACCCUAGCAAGGAUGGUACAAAAAUUCCAAUGUUCAUUGUGCAUAAAAAAGGCAUAAAAUUGGACGGCUCGCAUCCUGCUUUCUUAUAUGGCUAUGGUGGCUUCAACAUAUCUAUCACACCCAACUACAGCGUAUCCAGGCUCAUAUUCGUGAGACACAUGGGUGGCGUCCUUGCUGUGGCCAACAUCAGGGGUGGCGGUGAAUAUGGAGAGACGUGGCAUAAAGGUGGUAUCUUGGCCAACAAACAAAACUGCUUUGAUGACUUUCAGUGUGCUGCCGAGUAUCUGAUCAAGGAAGGCUACACAUCUCCCAAGAGGCUGACGAUUAACGGAGGUUCAAAUGGAGGUCUCCUAGUGGCUACGUGUGCAAAUCAGCGGCCUGACCUCUUUGGUUGUGUUAUUGCCCAAGUUGGAGUAAUGGACAUGCUGAAGUUCCAUAAAUAUACCAUCGGUCACGCCUGGACCACUGAUUAUGGGUGCUCGGACAGCAAACAACACUUUGAAUGGCUCAUCAAAUAUUCCCCACUGCACAACGUGAGGCUGCCUGAGGCGGAUGGCAUCCAGUACCCGUCCAUGCUUCUCCUCACCGCUGACCAUGAUGACCGGGUGGUCCCGCUUCACUCCCUGAAGUUCAUUGCCACCCUUCAGUACGUGGUGGGCCGCAGCCGGAAGCAGAGCAACCCCCUGCUCAUCCAUGUGGACACCAAGGCUGGCCAUGGGGCAGGGAAGCCCACAGCCAAAGUGAUAGAAGAAGUCUCAGAUAUGUUUGCGUUCAUAGCUCGAUGCCUGAACAUUGACUGGAUUCAGUAAAUGGGAUUUCCUGCUCCUCCAACAGCCACAGAAAACCUCAAGGGCUUUCACACUGUUCCAACUGAGAAACCACUGGGCACAACGCUCCCCACAUGAGCACUGUUCCUGGACUCACAGACUACAGUCGAACAGAACUACCGUGGGAAUUUUAUCUUUUUUAGGCUUCUCCUUUUUAGCAAGCCCUUGGCAUUUCUUUUCCCACCCUAUCCAGGCACAUAUUUUAAAAAGAAUUUUAAAAGGCAUGUUUGGAUAAAUAGCUCAAUGUCAGCAAACGUGUGAAUACUAGAUUGCCGAAUUAAGGGUUUUGGCCGGGCAUCCUCAUACGUAACAACUCAGUGAAUUUUGCUUCUAUAACCAUAACCUAUAUAUCCUUAAAUAAAUGUGAGAACUCUUCUCAUGAAAGAUUUCAUUGCAAUACUAAUAAAUGCUAUUUAAGAAUGGGAGACUUUAUAUUUGGUUCCUUUGCAUUGAGGGGCAUCACUUGAAGUGCAGUUGACCAUGGGGAUAAAACAUUUCACUUUUAUGCGACAAGUUAGUUUCCAAACCCUUAAAUCAUAGAAUGUAAACACAGAAAAGAAGUUGAGCUUGUCCAUUCCUGCUCCCUUAUCUCUGGGCAAAGCUGUUAGAGGCGGCUCACUGUCUUAAAUGUUACCUAUUCAGACACGGGUGAUGAUCUGAUAUGGGGCUCUUUUGGUUUGGAUGCCUCCUUUUAAAAUCUGUGAAGUGGAAAAUUCAGAUUACUCACCUAUCUGACUGCAUAUUGAUUUGGUUACAGAGUGUUCCUGGAAAUCAGAGUGCCUCAGAUAUGAAACUAAGAGGCCCCAUGAGUAAAUUAUCCAAAAGAGGUAUUCAUCCAAAUGUACAGUCAGAAUUUUCAGCCUUUCCCAAGCUGUUUCAUCUCUGUAAACCACUUCCUGGAAAUUGAAAUAGUCAUUCUUUAAAAACAAACCUACAACAGCAAAAGUAAGAAGAAAGUUUGGGUUCAUCCCACUCCCCAGGAAUCUUUUAAGAGGAGGGCAUGCCAUUCCUCAAACUUUCACUUAGAAGUUGUCUCAAGGCCUAUGUUUUAAUAUCACAUGAAAUAGUGUUACUUUGAGUAGCAGUUUAUGAAAUGCUGAUCUAAUUUAUAAGAAAAGUUUGUCUUUAUCAGCUAAGAUGAAAAUUAUUCUACAUGAAGUCUCUUAACUUUAUAUAAAAUUGCAAGUUCUGUCUUCUAAAUCAUAUACAAACAUAUUUUAAUUGCUCUACUUAAAUUGUGGUCAAAAAUUAGGCACCAUCUUCUACCUAGUAUAUCAGCACACGCCAAGCAUAACUGAAAGGUGGCCACAACUUGGUUUUUCUGUUCUAGAACCAUGUUUUCUGUUAUUGUUUGUUUGAAUGAGCACUAUGCAUAAAGCAGCUGUCAUUGAACAUCUGAUUCAUUAUAACCUCUCAGGAGAAAAGCUGUGCAGAUAGUGCAGGGCACCUGGAGACUGAAGUCAGUCUAUCAAGACAGAUGCUCACACUAGCUAACUACAAAGAAACCCCUGACUAGUGCAGCAGGAAAAAGCAAUAAAAUUUUUGCCCAAGGCAACCCUUUCCUAGAUCGGGUGAGUCAUCUGAGGUGCAGAUAGCGGCUGACACAGUGGGAGCAUUUCUAGCUUGUGUAGGAUCCAACAAUUCUUUCCCACUGAGGUCUCCUACUUGAAAAUAGAAAGUAUGGUGUGGAGGGUCUGAGCUUCAGAGUCAGGCCUGGGCUCAAAUCCCAACUUGUUCAACUGGUACCUGGCAAUGAUGUAGAAUAAACAAAGUAGUGUGUUUAUGAGUGCCUAGCACACAGUUGCUUACAAUUAUGAACUCUUUUUUUCCAACCUAAUUUUUCAAUCUCAAUUUUAACUCAGUAACUCCUCCCACGAACUAAAAGGUAUCUUUUAAGCUUUAAACAUUGGAAGUAAGACUUGAGAUUGGGAUUUUUCUCAGAAAAAUCUUAUGUUGGUCUUAUGUUGGUCUGUGGUAUUUAGGGGAAAAAACUCUACCCUUGCACAUGUGGUCUAACAGCCUUGUCACUGGGCCUUGCUGAAUGCCACAGAGCAUUUGUUACCUUGGGAUAGUCAUAUUUGUGAUACUAAAUGUAUUCAUACUUGGAAUAUUAUAAAACUAAUUAAUCACGUUUCUUAAUACUCCUACGGAACUUAGGCAACUAUGCACAGAUGGUGCUACUAGUUAGGAAAGGUUAAAUUUCAACUGAGCAAGCCUGUCGCCGAUCUGUCCAUGGUUGACAAUCUUAGCAGCCUUGGCAGUUCCCUCAGGGCAGGUCACACCGCUAAUGCCCAAAAGGACUUAAAGAUUCAAAGGUUGGGAAGCUGUGAGGGGACUGGGAAGGGCUAAAGGUUAUCACUGUGGUCAGGCAGUGGAAUGAGGACUAAGGCUGAUGAAUGAGGAGCGUGUAGGCACACUGCAUACUCCAGGGGCUGGAGGUGCAGAGAAAGUCCUGCCCUCAUCAGGUGACUUUCCAGGGGAGGAGACAAGUAAUGAAUUUUUCUUGCUGAGCAUUUAUCCUUUGCCUCUCUGUUCCGUGCACCACAUGCACUUGUGUGUGUGUGUGUGUGUGUGUGUGUGUGUGUGUGUCCUCACACAACCUUAGCAAUCAUGUACUAACCUGAAUCCAUUUGGCAAAGGUUCCCCAGAUGAAGUGGGCAAGCAGGGCAGUAACCCCAGCAGCUGCACCCUGGAACUGUUAUGGUCUGGAUGUUUGUUUACCCUGAAAAUUGAUAUGUUGAAAUCCUAAUAGAAGGUGGGGCCUUUAGGAGAUGAUCAAGCCAUGAGGGCUUUGCCCUUACUCAGAGGUCAAAGAGAACUCCUCAUCCCUCAUACCCUGUGAGGGCACAAGAAAGGUGUCAUCUAUGAACCAAAUCUGUCCGUGCCUUGAUCUUGGACUUCCCAGCCUCCAGAAUUCUAAUAAAUUUGUUGUUUAUAAGCCA